UCUGUUUCGAGAACAUUCUAGUAGAAGGAGUGAGUUCGUACAAGUGACCAAUAACGUUUAGUCAUCAAAGUUUAGUAAAAUAUAUGAUUGGUUAAAAAUCUUUGCAUGUGAGAACGUCUUGCAAUUUUAGUUGACUUGAAAAUUAAUCUGGACGAAAGUGGAUAGAUUGCGACUAUCUUCCACGGGAAUGGUUCGGUUUGGUUUACCUUGAUAAAAUUCGAUUUUGUUAUCUCUCUCCUGCUAUACAAGGAUUGAAUGUAAAACUUAAAAAAUUAUCAGUCAGUUGUUAAUGUUUAUUAUUCAAGUUUCCAAAUACGUAUUGAACUGUUUAAUUUCAUUGCAUUUAUUUAUUUUUAAUAUAUCCUGAGAUUAAGAAUAUCAUAACCAUAAAAUAUUCAUUGAAUCUAAAACCAUGGCCGCAAUGUCAGUAAUUGGAAUUGACUUCGGAAACGAAAGUUGUUAUGUAGCCGUUGCACGUGCAGGUGGCAUUGAAACUAUUGCUAACGAUUAUAGUCUUCGUAAUACACCAUCAUGUGUAGCAUUUAGUGGGAAAAAUAGGAUUCUAGGUGUAGCAGCUAAAAAUCAAAUGGUUACAAAUAUGAAAAAUACCAUUUAUAAUUUUAAACGACUAUUAGGAAGGAAGUAUAAUGAUCCUUUCGCUCAAACAGAAAUGAAGAGUAUGCCUUUCAAAACUUCUCAACAAGCAAAUGGAAACAUCGGAAUACAUGUACAAUAUUUAGGAGAGGAACAUGUAUUUUCACCAGAACAAAUUACAGCUAUGUUGUUUACAAAAUUGAAAGACAUAUCUGAAACUGCCUUGCAAACAGUUGUCAAUGACUGUGUUAUAUCCGUUCCUUCUUAUUUUACACAAGCGGAAAGGCAAGCUCUUUUGGAUGCCGCUAGAAUUGCAGGCCUAAAUGUUUUACGAUUAUUCAAUGAAACUACAGCUACAGCUCUUUGUUAUGGAAUUUACAAACAAGAUUUACCUACCGUAGAUACAGCUCCUAGAAAUGUUGUCUUUGUAGAUUGUGGUUACGCUAGUCUUCAAGUAUCCAUAUGUGCAUUUCACAAAGGCAAACUAAAGAUGCUGGCAAGUGCAUCUGACAGUCAAUUAGGCGGACGAGACAUUGAUACAAUUCUCGCAGAAUACUUUUGUAAAGAUUUUCUAUCUCGAUACAAAAUUGAUGCUCAUAAUAACCCACGAGCAUACUUAAGAUUACUUACUGAAGUGGAGAAAAUAAAAAAGCAAAUGUCUGCUAACUCUACAACACUUCCACUGAAUAUAGAAUGUUUCAUGGAAGAAAAAGAUGUGCAUGGUGAAAUCAAACGAGGAGACAUGGAAACAAUGUGCUCGCAUUUGUUCAAACGGGUUGAAUCUACUCUCAAACAAUGCCUUGCUGAUUCAAAAUUAAAAUUAGAAGAUAUUCAUUCCGUGGAACUAGCUGGUGGUUCCAGCAGAACCCCAGCUAUUAAACGUUUGAUUGAAGAAGUUUUUGGUAAAGGAACAUCAACAACGCUUAAUCAGGACGAAUCAGUAGCUCGUGGUUGUGCACUUCAGUGCGCUAUGUUAAGUCCCGCUGUUCGUGUUAGAGACUUUUCUGUUACUGAUAUUCAGCCGUACCCCAUAAAACUUAUGUGGGAUCCAACUCAAGGAGAAGAGGGGCAAAUGGAAGUAUUUGGAUAUAAUCAUCCGGUUCCAUUUUCAAAAAUGCUUACAUUUUACCGUUCAGCACCGUUUUCAUUGACAGCUGACUAUAUUCAUCCACCGAAAUGUUAUCCCCAAGUCAAGCUUGGAGCAUUCCUCAUCAAAAACGUAAAACCUACUCCUGAAGGCGAAUGUUCAAAAGUUAAAGUUAAAGUUAGGCUAAAUCUUAAUGGCAUUUUAACCAUUGCUUCAGCAUGUCUAGUUGAAAAACGGGAACAAGAAAAAGAAGAAGAAGAACUACAAAAUCAGAAUAGCGUUGAAAAUGGUAAUCAACCUCAAGAAACGGACAAACCUGAUCAGGAGGCUCAAGCAAAAGAACCCCCUGUUACUGAGGUGAACAUGGAUAAAAGGCGACGGAAUUCAGAUGCUGACGAUAAUGGAAGGGGUGCUUCCUCCUAUUCGUCCAGGAUUCUCUCUUGGUUCAGCUCGGGUGACGAAAAAGAGGAUGGAAAAAAUAGAAAAAAAGUUCCAGUUCGUACAAUUGAGUUACCUAUUGAAUUACACAAUGGUGGACUUUCUCAAAAGGAAAUUGAUGCAGCUACUGAAAAAGAGGGAAAAAUGGUCGCUGAUGAUAAACAAGAAAAAGAGCGUAUUGAUGCAAGAAAUGCACUAGAAGAAUAUGUAUAUGAUCUGCGUUCAAAACUCUUGGAUGAGGACCAGUUAUCAACUUUCAUAGUUGAAGCCGAUAGAGUAGAACUUUGUAGUAUAUUAGAUGAAACAGAAAAUUGGUUGUACGAAGAAGGAGAGGACUGUCAACGACAAGUUUACUCAGAAAGAUUGUCUUCGUUGAAACUAAAAGGUGAACCAAUUAAGGAAAGAAAAAUGGAAUUUGAAGGUAGAACUCAUGCACUGGAAGAAUUAGGUGGAGCUCUUCAACUAGCUAAGAAAGGUUUAGAUCAAAUUAAAAUCUCUGCUGAAAAAGAUGACAAGUAUUCUCAUAUAACUGAUGAGGAAAUUAAAAAAUUAGAGAGAGCUAUCCAUGAAAAAUGGAAUUGGCUUGAAGAAAAACGUGCAGUUCUUUCUAGUACACCUCGAACUCAACAGCCUCCAAUUCUUGUAGCUCAAAUUCGAUCUGAGAAACAGUCAUUGGACAACACUGUUUUCUCUAUUUUGAAUAAACCUAAACCAAAAGUUGAGCAUCCAAAAGAAGAAAAAUCAAAAGAAAAAUCAACUGAUGAACAUAAAAACACUCAAAAUGAUCAAGGAGACAAUGAAACGCAUAGCAAUCAGCAGCGGCAACCGAAUGAAGAUAAUAUGGAUGUGGAGUAAAUUUUACGAACAAUUGAACCAAUAAUAUAAAUUUAAUUUAAAAAAUUAAUGUCAACAGUUUUUCAUGCGAACAAGUAUUAUUUCUUAUCUACAACGUAUUGUACUGAUUAUUAUUAUUAUUAUUAUUUUAUCGCAACUUAAAAAUUUUCUUUGCUAAAUAAUUAUAGCAUCUUCAAAUUAUUAAUUUAAUCAGACAUACUUGACUUUUUCUUGAUAUUUUCUAUUAGAAAAUUAGUAAAAUGAGUUGUUCCAGUUUUGUAUUCGUAUUUUUUUAAUUUUUAUCACAUUAAUAAAACCAUUGGCGUUAAUAAUAAAAUUAUUGCUUGAAACUGUA